AGCUCCGGGACGGCGGCGAGUACACACGGACGAGCGAGCCCGCGAGCAGGCCCGAGGCCAGCGAUGCUGUGGUUCCAGGGUGCCAUUCCUGCCGCUAUCGCGUCGGCGAAGAGGAGCGGCGCGGUAUUCGUGGUCUUCGUGGCAGGUGAUGAUGAACAGUCUACACAGAUGGCAGCAAGUUGGGAAGAUGAGAAAGUGACCGAAGCAUCUUCAGAUAGUUUUGUUGCUAUUAAAAUUGAUACCAAAAGUGAAGCCUGCCUACAGUUUUCACAAAUCUAUCCUGUAGUGUGUGUUCCAUCCAGUUUCUUUAUUGGAGACAGUGGUAUCCCUUUGGAAGUAAUAGCAGGAAGUAUUUCUGCAGAUGAACUUGUUAUGAGAAUUCACAAAGUCCAACAGAUGCACUCAUUAAGAGGUGAAAUGUCAGCUGCAAAUGGCAGCCAGUCUGAAAGUUCAGUGUCUACUCCAUCUGCCUCAUUUGAACCUAAUGACACUUCUGAAAACUCUCAGUCGGGGGAUAUAGAGCUUUGCCAAACACCUAUCACUUCUGCUGAUACAAAAUCAGAUACUCUAACAGGAGGAGAAAGCUCGGGCCAUCCAGCUGCCUCUCAGGAGCCCAAUGAAUGUUCAGAUCAGAGACCUGCAGAGGACCUCACUGUCAGAGUGGAAAGACUAACAAAAAAACUUGAAGAAAGGAGAGAAGAAAAAAAGAGAGAAGAAGAACAGAGAGAGAUUAAGAAGGAAAUUGAAAGGAGAAAAACUGGAAAGGAAAUGUUGGACUAUAAAAGAAAACAAGAAGAAGAAUUAACAAAAAGAAUGUUGGAAGAAAGAAGCAGAGAAAAGGCAGAAGAUAGGGCAGCUCGAGAACGGAUAAAACAGCAAAUUGCUUUGGAUCGUGCGGAAAGAGCUGCUCGUUUUGCAAAGACAAAAGAAGAAGUAGAGGCUGCCAGAGCUGCUGCCUUGCUGGCCAAACAAGCAGAAAUGGAAGGCAAGAGGGAAUCAUAUGCUCGAGAAAGAAGCACCAUUGCAAGAAUCCAGUUUCGUCUGCCUGAUGGCUCUUCCUUUACAAAUCAGUUUUCUUCUGAUGCUCCUCUAGAAGAAGCAAGACAGUUUGAAGCACAGACAGUUGGCAACACUUACGGUAAUUUUUCAUUAGCAACCAUGUUUCCCAGGAGAGAAUUUACCAAAGAAGAUUAUAAAAAGAAAUUGCUAGAUUUGGAACUUGCCCCAAGUGCUUCAGUGGUUCUGUUACCAGCAGGAAGACCAGCUACAUCCCUCGUGCACUCCUCCAGUGGAGACAUUUGGACAUUGUUGGGGACAGUACUUUACCCAUUUCUUGCCAUCUGGAGAUUGAUUAGCAACUUCUUAUUUAGUACUCCUCCUUCUACACAGACUUCAGUGAGAACGCCAUCACCAGAACCUUCAAACCUUACAUCAUCUGGCAAAUCAGAAAAAAGGGAACCAGUCAGAAAAAGAGUUCUGGAAAAACGAGGAGAAGACUUCAAAAAAGAGGGAAAGAUUUACAGAUUGAGAACUCAAGAUGAUGGUGAAGAUGAAAACAACACUUGGAAUGGAAAUUCUACUCAGCAGAUGUAGUGUGACAAGUUAAAAUAAGUAUAGUAAUCAUUGUUUCUCUUACUCUACUGGAGAAGUGGGUCUGCUUUACGUUUUCCAACUGAUCUAUAAAGUGUCUCUAUUCCUGCUUAGUGGGUAUGGGUUAAAGUGUUUAACUCAAAAAAGUCAAGACAUAAAAUAACUGGCUGCUAGGUCCUUGCAUACAGUAACAAUUGCUAGAUGCCUAAAAAUCAAAAGGUCUGCCAUGGCCUCCUCUCUGAGAUAUCAGCCGCUUCUUCAGUAUUUUAUAUACCCGUUAGCCCUGCGUUCUCAGAUGACAUGUUUUGUGUAAAAUACCUUUUAUCUUCAAGACUCUUUAAAUCCACACAAAGUAACUGGAAUGUCACUGAGUAAUUUGACUCCUAGAGCAUUUUAACUAGCCAAUCAGAUGAUAACGUAUGUUUAACUUUUCUCUUUUUGCUCAUCAGCUGGAAGCAAAAUCUUGUAGGUUUUAAUCUUAAAUACUGAAUAAAAAAUCUUUUCCAAAAAUGAGAAUGAUCUUAUUUUUGCUUUAAGCAUCUUGUUAUUAUAUAGGGUUCUGUUGAAGUUAUGCUUCUUUGACGCCCCCCCCCCCCAUUCCUAAGCUAUCUCAGUAAAAUAGCAGGCUACUUUACUUUAAAUAUCACUGAAGGAAAGACAUUUU